UACAUUCUCUGGACAUUUCCAAGAUUCUUCUGUAACAACACACACUCAACACCUUACCAAAAAGAAAAAACAGGCUCUGAACUUACAUAUCAGCAUCUGUCCUGAUCUUGUCCAAAACUCAACAAGAAAAAGAAAAUAAAGCAGCCCGCAUGUGACCCUUUAUAGGUUUUCUAGUGCAAUAAAAAAUGAAGCUCCAAUAGGGCUUUAAACUUUGCUGCUUUUAAAAGUUUUGUAAAAAAAACUUAACCUUUUUAGGUGAGAGCCAUGAGAUUGAUAAAGGGUCUUCAAUGGCUGCUGUUUGAUUUCUUUUAUGAGUUCUUUACUUCUUUAGCUUUAAUGUCAUAGAUUUGCUAGAACUUCUCCCAGUAGGUAAUUUAGGACAUUUGGGGUUUUGUGUUUUGGCAUAUGAGAUGGAGUAUAACAGUGGAUAUAUCGACGGAGGAUAUGGAGCUUUCACAUUCAAGAAUCCACUGUCAGAGUACGAGAACGAAGAUGUACACUAUGCUGCUAAUUAUACUAUCCCAGAAGCAAACAGUCCAGAAAUGAAUUCUGAGGAGUCUUCGUAUACAGAGGAAGAUGAACAACACACGGGAUCUAUCCAAGGAAGUAUGAAAUAUAUAGAUGAAUCGAUGAGGAAAACAAGCAUGACUAAAGGAAAAAGAUGGUGGGGAAAACUAUUUAGCGGCCUAAACAUCAUCAAGAAGUUUAAUUUGUUUGAUGCGGCAUCAUGGGAAUCUUCCACAUCAAAAUGGGAUUAUAACUGUCAAGCUGAUAAAGUUUGUGAUGUUUGUGAGGAAGCAAUACAUUCUAGUUGGGUAACCCGUCCCUAUUGGGGUCAGAUAGUCUGUUACAAACAUAUAUCAGAUGGGACUCCGAUGUGCUGCAGCUGUUUAAGAUUCAAGUUAGGGAACACGAGAUAUAUCAACCUCAGUGAUGGUCGAAAACUUUGUUCUGAGUGUCACUCCACAGCAAUAAUGGAUACUGAGACAUGCAUUCCCCUUUUUCAAGAAGUCUAUAGAUUUUUUGAAGGAUUAAACAUGGAGAUCAUCAAGGAUAUACCAAUUUUCUUAGUUGAUAAACAUGAGAUUAACAAGAUUCGUUAUGAAUUUGGCGGAAAGGACCAUCCAGGAUACCCAUUGGGUAUGGCCACAUGUAGAGCAGGACUGGUUGUGCAGAGUGUAGCAAGAUCCUUUCAGAGGGGGGAUAACAUUCAUGUAGUGAAAGAAGUGCAAUACAUACAACGUAUUUAUGAGGUGACAUCCCUACUGCUUGUGUAUGGUUUCCCCAGGUUAGCAAUAGGCGCAACCUUGGCUCAUGAGAUGAUGCAUUCGUGGAUGCGUAUUGAAGGAUAUAAAGGGCUUAGAGAAGAAGUGGAGGAAGGUAUCUGCGAAGUAAUGGCACACAGAUGGUUAGAUUGGCAUGCAUUCAUCGGAGAUGAUUUCUUACACACUACGCCAGAACAAGCUCAGUUCCUGAGGAACUUGAAAGAGGUUUUAAAGAAUGACAUAGAAAGAAAUUACUGCAAGACUUAUGGUGGUGGUUUUAGAGAUGCUAAAUGGGCUAUUGAGAGAUUUGGGUUGAAGUAUACAAUGUCCCAUGUGGCUCAAACCGGAAACUUUCCACAAUAACAAUAGUGAAAUUAGUUAGAACUUUGGAAACACAAUCAAUACACUGCUAGAAGAAAUGCAAUAUCUGAGAAAUUUUAUGCAGAUAAACAGGAUGCUUAUGAAUUAUGAUCGGCUUUAGUUUUUUGCUCAAA